UUUAGAUUUUAAAUUUAAUAUUAUUAAUUAAGUUAAGCAAGGAUUUUCAUAUCGUGACAUGUUAUUAUCCUAGCGCAGACAUGGGACUUGAGUUCUACAUCGGUUAAAUGGAGAGUUGACGUGGGGCUUAUAUAACCCCGGAUUCUCUCAACUUAAUUGUUAGCUUUUGAGUGUGAUUCUCCUAAGUUGUAUCAAUGGUAUUUGUGCCCAUCAUGUCAUGGAGGCGUUUGAGCAUCUGACCUGAAAAGGGCUAUCUAGGAAGAGCUACCUGCACAAGUAAAUUGAAAGCUAUCUAGAGUGUGAUGACUUUUGGGAUGUUGUUCUUCUAAGAUUGUAUGAUGACAUUUAUGGAACUUAUGGCAAUUGCUUCAUUACCAAAAAUAAAGAUGACUUUUGGGAUGUGGUUCUUCUAAGAUUGUAUGAUGACAUUUAUGGGAUUAAUGGCAAUUGGUUCAUUACCAAAAAUAAAGAGACUCUGCAAUAAGGUGGAUUACAAUUCGCAAGUUAGAAAGUGUCAUCAAAACCUUAUCCUUUAUAGAAAGAUAAUAAUGGAUUACGGAUGAACAUGUUUUCCCAAAAUCUGCUUCCUCAAUAUAAUGUCCCUAUCAAUUAUCAUACACUUCAAAUUGUUUCUUUUUUAAAAAAAGUGUGUUCAAUAGUUUAAAAUAUGAUGCUCCGAAAUCUGCAAUCCAAUUUCUGUUUUUCGCUCCUGCUUGAUACUAUCCAGUGUUUACUGGUGAUAGUCUUUUGUACAAACAAUUACAGCAGAGGUGACUUCCCUCCUGGCUUUGUUUUUGGUGCUGGAACUUCGGCCUAUCAAUUUGAAGGGGCAGCAUUUGAAGAUGGAUGGACCCCUAGCAUUUGGGACAAUUUUGCUCAUGCUGGUCAUUAUGGUGGAGCCAAUGGAGACAUAGCAUGUGAUCUGUAACACAAAUACAAGGAUGAUGUCCAACUCAUGGUUGACACAGGCUUAGAAGCCUACAGGUUUUCUAUCUCAUGGUCUAGACUUAUUCCUGGUGGAAGAGGACCUAUAAACCCAAAGGGUUUACAAUUUUACAACAAUUACAUUGAUGCACUUAUCAGCCACGGUAUUCAACCACAUGUCACUCUAUUUCAGAAUGAUCUACCACAGGCACUUGAAGAUGAAUAUGGGGGGUGGUUAAGUCGAAAGAUUGUGAAGGACUUCACCGUGUAUGCAGAGGUAUGCUUCAAGGAAUUUGGUGACAGAGUGAUGCACUGGACAACCAUUAAUGAGGGCAAUAUGUAUGCUAUUGGAGGUUAUGAUAAUAGCUUCACCCCUCCAGGACGCUGUUCCCCGCCUUUUGGAGUUAAUUGUUCUAUUGGAAAUUCAUCUGCCGACCCUUAUAUGGUUGUUCAUAACACGUUGCUUGCACAUUCAUCUGCAAUGAAAUUAUACCAGAGAAAUUACAAGUCCACUCAACGUGGUUUCGUGGGAUUUAGUAUAUAUGGUUUGUGGUGCGUUCCAUAUACAAAUGCAACGGCUGAUGUAAUUGCAGCACAUAAAGCCAAUGAAUUUUAUACUGGUUGGAUUAUGAAUCCUUUCGUAUUCGGAGACUAUCCCUCUAUAAUGAAGAAAGCUGAUGGGACAAGAAUUCCAACCUUCACCAAAUAUGAAGCUAAGCUAGUCAAGGGAUCAGUUGACUUCAUAGGCCUAAACCAUUAUACUACUGUCUAUGUUAAGGACAAGCCUUCCAACAUUGAAAAGUAUAGCAGGGACUUUGGUGCUGAUGUAGAAGCAGAGUUUUCAUUUGAGGCAUUUGUAGCAGAUCAGGAACGGAUCGGAUACAAGAGGGUAUUUCGCCUGGUCCUUAGAUGGUUUGGAGUUACUUGGGGGCUAUGUAUCGAGCUAUGGAUUCUACUACGUAGAUUUGGAUAAUAAAGAAUUAACAAGGUAUCCGAAACUUUCUGCAUUUUGGUAUGCCAACUUCUUAAAGGGAAAAAACUUGACGAACAUUGCAAUUUUCCAAGUAGGGAACAUUAGGACAAGCUAAUUCCUGUAUACAAAUCCUAGUUUUGUUGCUAAACUCAGUUUUCUCUAAAAUGAAGGUGUUACAUAAUCCAGACCGCAAUUUUGAAAUUAUACUGGAUAUGUUGUUGUAAGAUGUUACGUUACUCUUUCAAAUAAUACGAUGUUACCUCCACAAAACUCUAGUGGAAAGAAAAUAAAUUUCCUGUUCAUGAAACCCCAC